AUAUUCAUGAGAUAUACCUUCACAAUGGACUUGUUAGUUUGCCAGCAACCAACCUAUUUCGCUUUGAAUUUAUUUUCUUAUCUUUGGUAGACACCUGUUGAAGUGGUGAGAAAUGAGUUAGUAAACCUAUUUCGGAACUGUCGAGCUCUACAGUAGGUGCUUUACUGCCUGCGCUUACAGUACAGGUGUUAAUGGAAGCGCAUACAUUACAGUUAUGAUAUAUAAUACAAGUGAAGCAGGUGAAGUGUCCUGUCACCGAUGACCCAUGGCGUCUGUGCGCGUGGCGGUACGGGUCCGUCCGUUGAGCCAAAGGGAGAAGGACCUUUCAGCCAAAGUCAUAAUACAAGUGGAUGGACAUAAAACCUCUGUCCUUAACACAAAGGAGACUGGAGAACCCUUUGGAGAGACAGUGAAGUCUUUCUCAUAUGAUUUCUCUUAUGAUUCACUGAACAGCACAAGUCCAAACUUUGUGACACAGGAAAAGAUAUUCAAAGAUCUCGGCACGGAUGUCCUGCAAGCUGCUUUUGAGGGUUACAAUGCAUGCAUCUUUGCUUACGGCCAGACAGGCUCAGGAAAGUCCUACACCAUGAUGGGCAACCCUGGUGAUUAUGGACUGAUUCCACGGAUCUGUGAGGGGCUGUUCCACCACAUCAGUGGAGUGUUACAAAGAGAUAAGGCAUCAUUUCACAUGGAGGUCAGCUACUUUGAAAUCUACAACGAGCGAGUUCGAGACCUCCUUCCCAGCACAGAGACACAAGGCUGUGAGCUGAGAGUAAGAGAACAUCCUAAAGAUGGACCAUAUGUGGAGGCCCUCUCCAGACACCAUGUGCAGAGCUAUACUGAGGUUGGCCAGCUAAUGCAUGAGGGCAACAGGAGGCGUGCCACUGCCAGCACAGGCAUGAACCAUGUCAGCAGCCGAUCCCACGCCAUCUUCACCAUUCGCUUCAUCAAGGCCAUGUUUGAUGCAGAGUUACCCAGCGAGACGGUGAGUAAGGUACACCUGGUUGACCUGGCAGGAAGUGAAAGAGCUGGUGCCACGCAGGCUACUGGCAUUAGGUUGAAGGAGGGUGCCAACAUCAAUAGAUCUCUGGUUACUCUGGGCAUUGUCAUCUCCGCUUUAGCUGAUUUGUCCAUUGGUGGUGGAAUAAAAAGGAAGCAAAACUUUGUUCCAUAUCGAGACUCUGUGCUUACCUGGCUCCUAAAGGACAGUCUUGGUGGGAACUCCAAAACCAUCAUGAUAGCCACCAUCUCACCUGCUGAUGUGAACUACAGUGAAACUCUGAACACACUUCGUUAUGCCAGCCGGGCCAAGAACAUAUUAAACAAGCCCACUGUGAAUGAGGACAGCAAUGUAAAGAUAAUCAGAGAGCUGCGAGCUGAGAUUGCCCGCCUGAAAGCCCUGCUGUCUGCGGGAAAUCAGAUGGUGUCGUUUGAGCAGCCUUCGGGGUCGAGUGUGGAGGAGAGGCUUCAUCAGGAUGAAGCCAGAGUUCAGGAGCUGACAAAACAGUGGGCUAGUCGUUGGAAAGAAAUCCAUAAUAUUCUUAGGGAAGAUACAGUAGCUCUCAGAAAAGAGGGUAUUGGUGUAGUUCUUGAUUCCCAAAUGCCCUAUUUAAUCUGCAUUGAUGAAGAUCUACUCAGCACAGGGGUUGUUCUCUAUCAUUUAAAGGAAGGUAGAACUUCAGUUGGGACUGGAGGAACCGAGCCAGAGCAGGAUAUAGUUCUCCAUGGUGAAGCUCUUCAGAGGGAACACUGUGUUUUUGAGAACCAGAGAGGAGCCGUCACACUCGUGCCGCUACCAGGAGCCAGGUGUGCAAUCAAUGGGGUGGAGGUGACCCAGCCAUACCUUCUUACCCAGGGAGUGAACAUACAACUUGGAAAGGCCACCAUGUUCCAUUUCAACCACCCUCAAGAAGCAGCCCAACUUCGAGAGAAACGCAAGUCUGGGCUCUUCGUGUCGAGUAGCUCCACUGCGUUCUCUGUGGACUCUUUCAGUCAUUUCAGUUCCAGAAAGGUUUCGGACCAACCUGAAGGUGACAUAAAAGACUGUUGUUUCUCAGGAGAGAGUCACAGGAUAUUUUCCACAUCUCUUGCUCAUACAGACUUCCUCUUUCCUCAAAACAAAACAGACAGUAGUUUCAGUGGACCUUCAGAGUCUCAGCACGUUCCUGAGACACCCAGGGAACUUACAGAACACUGUGCCACUAACAACCCUACAGGAGAUGCCAGAAGUCUGGGAAAGUCGCUUCAGACAAGUCUCAACAUCCAGUGGGAGAAGCAGAAGUCAGCCCCUCAUAAAUCAGAAACUGAAGCUUUGUCAGUGGAUGUGACAGAUAGGGAAACUGAGGGGGAGGAAACAGGGGUGAAUGGAGGGCUCUGGGAUACUAGAAUACUUCAGGAGUGCUGUAACAGGACCUCUGGGCACCUGGAUGUCGAGCAGCAGUAUCUCUGGCACCCGGUCGUGGGCUCAGAAGGGAGCUUGUUAGCUGAGGAAUCCCAUAUACAGAGCAGGCACACCGCCACGGGAGGAGGAGCAGCCUUUGUACCCAGCUUGACUCGCUUGGAGCACUUUUCACAGAGGCAUAGCCCACUUACCAUGGGGGGCCAAUUUGGUGAGCACAUUUUAUCCAGAACAUCUGUUGAGAGUCAAGAAGUCAAAGCCCAUCCAGAAGGAAGUGGGCUCAGCUCUAGCCUGGGGAGCCUUGCAGGUAGAGUGUCCUGGAUGCUGGCAGACGCAACGCGUGUGCUUACAAACUCUUUGAAAGAACAAACUGGUGGUAGAGAAAGCAGUUGGUACAAUCAAAUGUGCUCACUGGUAAAGGAUCUACCCUUUGUACACCAUAUCCAGUUUGAAUUGACUCUAAGACCAGAGGAAAAACCAACUCUGGAGGCAACCCAGUUUCGCCGCAAACUGUCCCAUAGUGAGUUUUUGUCAGUAAGUAAACAAAGUGUAGCAUUGCCUUCCAUGCAAGAUCUGUCAAGAUCCAGAACAGAUGAAUGGAAGAGCCCUUUGAUGGCUUUGGAGGCAACUCAGACAAGGGAUUCGGUGACUACCCAUAUAAGUGAGGGACUUAAGGUAUGUUGCCAAAGACUACACCCUGUACCUGAAUCCUUGCUCCAUCUCCAGAACCUUCCACCUCAGCAGCUUCUCUCCUGCCUGCACAAUGUGAUCCCUGCCCACUUGCUAAUGGAAGAGCGGGUGUUAGCUUUAUACUGGCUCAGUGUCGCCACCUGUUCUCAACCAGAUCCGCAGCCUGCAGUUAUUGUCCUUUUCCAGACUAAGCUUUUGGUGGUCACCUUUGAUCCUUUGACUGAUUCUUCCAGCCCCACACACUCUUUAAAUGUUUUCUAUGAAUUAUCCUUUCAGGAACUGCAGGAGAUCCACAUAGGUUUUGCUGGGCAGACUGUCAGACUGACAGGCAACACAGAGAACAGCAUACUUACCUUGCACACUUGCAAUGCAGCCUUAAGUCAAGAACUGUCUCGAACUUUACUUGAGGCUAUUUACCCUUUCGAGAGGGGUGCACUGGACCAUCCAUUACUGUCAAAAGACAUAGUAUCUUUGUCCUUAGACUGGAACUCCCGUAUUAAAGAUUUGCUUCUACCCUCUGGUGGGCGACUUACAUGCUCUUUCCAAAAAACCCUGGCUAAGUUGGUCUUCCUGUUACAUGGUAACAUGCAAGGUGAACGUCCGGCACUUGCACAUGUGCAACUACUUCUUUACACGACUGUCAGAUUUCAGCGAUCAAGUCUGGAGCUGCACACUGACCCUAUUGUACCUGUUUCACAGGUGGUACCAAUAGACUCUGAGCUUGUCCAGCUUGUCCUGACUGACACGCACAUGUGCCUCUUGCGUGAGGAUGCAGUUUAUCACCCACCUCCACGUUCAGUAGCUAUAGUGGCACGCCAGGCCCAGUUCAGGCUAAUAGACAUGCGGCAGCGUUUGGCCGUCCGUUGCGUGCUGGUCAGAGACGGAUACGGCAGUAUGCGUCUGGAUGUGGUUUUUGCUCAUGUCUACCGGAAAUCUGGUGGUACUGGAAGUCACCCUCAACCUCCAGAGGUCUGCAGUGCUGAUGAGGCAGCUGCCCAAUCUCCUACCAACUCUGAUUCAUCUCCCCGGAAUGAAGUGUGGAAAUUAACUUUCAGCAGCUCCGCUGAGGCCACCUUCCUGAUUAAUAACUUGUCAAACAUUUGAUCAAGGACCUUCCAGCAAAAUAAUUAACAGCCCAGUGAGGAGAAUUCGACAGGAGACUACAAAAAAGGCUGAGUGCACGAAAACAAGACAUGAGUCGACGACGCUAGGAUUUGAGAAAUAAAGACAUUUUUGUAAUUGUUCUGUUAUUUUUGUACAUUUGCAUGAAGUUUUAUAUGACUAGCAUUGUGAUACAUUUUUCUGACAAAGGAAUGAGUAAAGGCCUCUUCACCAAGAACGAUAACUAUAAAGAUAACUAUAUUAGUGUCCAUACCAACGCUUUAAAUGCUUGAGCAUUCAUCAGCAGGGAAAAUCGUUGUGAAAGUGAUUACAAUGAUAUCGUUAUAGUUGUGGUGUGGACUCUGCUACUAUUUUAUUAUUUAGACCCAUUUCUUAAUGUUAUAGUUAUCAUCCUUGGUGUGAAUGGGCCUUAAUCAUUGAAAGUAGUGCCCAUGAUUUAGAUCAUAAAUUCAUUAGGCUGGUUGAGACCAUUGACAUAGUAGUAAUGGUGUUUAUUUGGCAAUAUUAUAUGGGCAGAUCAACAAUGAUUGUUGAUUCAGAGAUAGUAUCAGUACUCAACCUUAACUUUCAUGUUCAUUCUAUUUGAUGCCAAUUAUAGAAUUAAAAGUACACGAUUGCUUCCAAUUAGCAUUUGACGUGUUUAUCCCUGUGCGUCACCGUUAUGCUUUUA